AUGGCAGCUUCCAAAGGCGUGGUCCCCAGCCCGGCUAGCCGUACAACAUGGCCGCCUACAGAGCGCGAACCGCGCACCCUCCCGCCCAAUCACCGGAAGUUUCCAUUUGAAAGCCCGGCGGCAGACCCGGUCGCUGGUGCGGCAGUUACCGAGGAGCAUCCUUUGAACCAGGGCAACGAGGGCUGCGGGCAGGAGCUGCAGGAGCCUGGACCUCAGCUGCGCCGCCUCGUUACGAUGACCAGCGUGGUUAAGACGGUAUACACUCUGCAGCCCCCCGCUGUGCAGAGCGGCGGCCUGCCGGCAGACACACAAACUCGAGCCACUUCUAAGAGCCUGCUACCUGUUAAGUCCAAGGAAGCAGAUGUUUCCAGACUUCAUUCAGGAGGUUCAGAAAACGAUGUUAUAAAAGUCACUAAACCAAGACGAGAGAACGGGCAGGUAAAAGCUGCAGACCCUGCCACGAGGAAGAACCUCAGAAAGAGCUACAAACCACUGAGUAAGCAGAAAUCAGAGGAAGAGCUCAAGGAUAAGAACCAGCUCUUAGAGGCCGUCAACAAGCAGCUGCAUCAGAAGUUGACUGAAACUCAGGGAGAACUGAAGGACCUGACCCAAAAGGUGGAGCUGCUGGAGAAGUUUCAGGACAACUGUUUGGCAAUUUUGGAGAGCAAGGGCCUCAACCCAGUCUUAGGCAGUGAGGCUCUGGCAUCACAGCAAGGAUCCACCACCGAUCACACGGACUCUAUGUUGCUGCUAGAAACUUUGCAAGAUGAGCUGAAGUUUUUCAACGAAACAGCCAAAAAGCAGAUGGAGGAGUUACAGGCCUUAAAAGUAAAGUUGAAGAUGAAAGAAGAAGAGAGAGCCCGGUUCCUAGAACAGCAGACGUUAUGUAACAGUCAAGUAAAUGACUUUACAGCAGCCCUUGAGGAAAUGGAACAGCUAUUAGAAAUGUGAUAAAAAGCAAGUGACCAGAUGGCUCCCACAGAGGAAGCCACUUAGGACAUCUGCUUCUCGGCCAUGACCUUCUAAGACUCACUAUCCCCAGAAUGGAAGCAGUUUCUGCAGUAGGAUUAAGGACAGUCUAUGCUGGAGUGGCGGUUCCUCCUUUAGGCAAGCGUGCGCCCCCCUCAGACUGAUGGGCCCUCCUGAACCUUGCACAUACAGAAUCGAGGCCAACAAGAGAGCCCCUCUGUCCCCAGAAGCUUGGAUUGACCCUCUAGCCAACAAGCGAACGGCAGGCCAUUAGAAUCAGGAGACUAAACUAGACACAGCCAGACGAUCCCAAAGGUCACAUUCAGAUGCAUAGGAAGAAAACCUUAAUUGUACGGUGGAAUACAGAGACUCCAUGGGAGACAUCACUGAGAAGCGGUGCUGUCCCCUUCUAACUUGGAACACACUUUGUCUAAUCCUGGUUGGGCUCUAGACCUCAUUGUUAAAUGAAUGAACAUGAAGUUACUGGAAAUGGCUUAAUAAAUGAGGGUGAAGGUUUAGAUAGCAGUAACACCUACCUGAAAUAAUACAACUUGGAGCUUUUAAUCUAAA